CGAAUUUAAAAGUUAUUCGUAUUUAAUAAUUAAUUAUUAAGUAACGUUAACAUAAGAGUUAUUAUGUUUAUAUUAAUUCAUUAUAAAUAAUUUUUAAUUAAUUGUAUACAAGUUAAGUAACUUUUUAUUAAAUAUUUGCUUAUUGUUUUAUCGGAGACUUUUUGAGGAUUUCAUUGUCAGGAUAAUUGAACUAAAUUAUCAUUAGAUGAUGUUAAUGGAUGCUAGAUAUUUAUCUUUAGAAACACUCAAUGCCAAAGUAUGUCCAAUACAAUUAAAACUAAAACUUCAACAAGCAAAACGAAGGCAAGAAACAUUAAUUAUUCAAAGGCAAAAACGUGAUGAUGAAAUCACAAAACGAAGAAAUAUUUGUGGCGAUGAUAACAUGUCUAUGGAGGUUGAAAGUAAAAAACAUGAAUCAUUCACUCCAAACAGUGAAGCAUAUGAACUUGCAACUUCCAUGAUGAAUUCGGAAUGGUUGCUUGAAGUACCUGAAAAUAUUGAUGACUGGAUUGCUGUGAUGUGUCCAGAAGGGAAGAGAUGUUGUGUUAUUGCUCAAGAUAAUAAAACUAAAGCUGUUAACAAAAAGGGUACUUCAUUAAAUUUCUUUCCGUCAUUGUUUCCUUAUGGCUGUCACAUAACAACUAACUGUCCUUCUCAUAGAAAACGGACAGUUUUAGAUUGUGUAUAUAAUUUCAAAUUAAAGAAAUAUUACAUAUUGGAUAUUAUAGAGUGGAUGGGAGUUCCUUACACAAAUUUUGAUGCAGAAUUUAGAUUUUAUUUUAUUCAAAGUAAAUUAUCCGAAAUACCGGGCAUUGAUAAAACAUCUAUGAAAAAUGCUUAUCCUUUUGAGCUGGCUCCAAGAAUGCUUGCACGAGAUUUUUAUCCUUUAUUACUUGAAAAAAAUGAUUUUUUUUCUGAAAAUGUUCAAUUAGAUGGAAUAAAUUUUUACUAUCCAGAAAGUUUAUAUACACCUGGCGAUACUCCACUAGUAUUAUGGCUUAAACCAUUUAUGAUCCCUGAAGUACUACAAAAACCAGUUAAUGAUCAGUUGAUAUAUUUACAAAAACCUCUCAAUUAUAUCAAUAUAUUUGAAUACAUUCAAAACCCAGAAAAGAAAAUUAAAAAAAAUCGAAAAAAAAAAAAUUCUUUCAAUAGUGAUAAAAUGGAUGUUGAUAAAUUAGUUGAGGUUGAAGUACAAAAUGACGUAACAUUUGAAGAAGUGUUAAUGGAAAAUUAACUGUUCAAAAUUUACCAGGGAUGUCAAAUGAUAUAUAUUCGUUAAUUAAUGUUAAAUAUAUGAUAAUAGUGCAUCAUUGAAGACUCCUAUUCUUUAAAAAUAUUAUUUCUAACUUAAAAUUAAUAGUUGUUGAUUGACAAUAUAUAAUUUUAUUUAUUUAAACAAUAAAGACUAAAUAAAAAUAAAAUAA